AUAUAACUUUGAAAAUUCUGAAAACAUAAAAAUUAUAUUCUUUGAUGAAUUUAGUUAAUUGAAUUUUGAAUUUUGAAUUUUUUUUCUAAAAUAAAAAGAGUUAAUCCUAAUUAACAUCCAAGUAAUCAGUGAGUAAUUUCAUUGAAAUUUCCGAAGGGUCCAUUUUGAUGCCUCGACUUCGAGGAGAAGAUAUUGACGAUUAUCAUUGACUUGUAAAGUUUAUGAUCAAACAAUAACAUUAUUAUUUCAUAUUCACAUGGAAGAGAUAGGGAGGGAGAAAAUAUAUUGUUAAUUCUCCAUUUGAAUCUCUUAGCUGAGCAACAACACUCUGAUUCUCUCUAUCUCUUCAAGGAUAGCUGCAGGUAUUUCUUCUUUCUCACCAUCAAUUAAUGGUUAAUUUCUUUGAUGUUUAUGCUCUAAAUUCCCAAAUCAAAACAAUUUAACUCUGUAAUUUCUUGAUAAUGAUAACGAAAUUGGAAGCACUUACAGACUUAAAUCUAUAAUUUUAGAUGAUUCGAACUGUCGUAGCUGAUAUAUAAUCCCGCUUUAUACAAGAUCCGAAGUCAGCGUGUUUAGUUUAUAUUGGACAGGCGAGAUGAUGAGAUGCUUUAGAUGCAACGAGGAUGAGAUUGAGAGAGAGAAAGCAGUUAUGAGAAAUGGAAGAUUGUUAUUAGAAAAGAAGAUUGCCAUUAACGAUGGCAGAGGUAAUCCUAUCCGUUCCUUUUCUAUCCAAGAUCUUAACAAUGCAACAAAUAAUUACAAUCGAAAUCAAUUGGUUUUUCAUGGAGCAUUGUACAAAUUGUAUAGGGGUUUUCUGCAUCGCCCAGUAAUUGUGAAAAGGUAUAACAAAGGUGAAAAUUUUCUUGAAGAAUCUAUCAAUGAUAUUGUGUUUUCAUCACAACUGAGUGUGCAUAAAAAUGUCCUCAAACUGUUGGGAUGUUGCUUAGAAUCCCCAAUUCCUAUUCUAGUUUACGAAGUUGCAGAGAAGGGAACUCUUCAUGAUUACAUUAUUAGGGAUAGAAGUAGAAAAAAAUUUCAACCUUUAUCAUGGAGAAAUAGGUUGAAGAUUGCAAUUGAUCUGGCUAAUGUGAUUGCUUAUCUUCACACUGCAUUCCCAAGGCCUAUUCUUCAUAGAAAUAUCACAUCCCAACACAUCCUGCUAGAUGAAGACUACAGGGCCAAAUUGAGUGAAUUUUCAUUUUCCAUGUUAAUUCCAGAAGGUGAAACCCACAUAAGGGAUGCAAUUUGUUGUGGGACAACGGGAUAUAUUGCUCCUGAAAAUUUUGCAGAAGGUUUGUAUUUCUUCGAGGUUCUCGAGAAAUGUGUGAAAGAAAACGAAAGGAUAGACAACCUUAUGGAUCCUAUAAUUGUUGAAGAGGGGACAUGGUCUGGGAAAGAGCAGCAACUUAAAGCUUAUGCAAACCUUACCCUUCAAUGUCUUCAAUACCGUGGAGAGGAUAGGCCAGAAAUCACUGAUGUGGGUAAACAACUUAGCCAGAUUUAUCAAUUCUUACUAAUUUCUACUUGUGUUCGUCAAGCUUAGACUGCUUAGUCAUAUUAUGGAUUUAGCCAUAUGAUAUAUAUACAUCAACAUCAACUGUAUGACUCUUCAAGUUCAUUUCCCUUUUUUUCUAUUCUUUACAA